CUCUCUCUCUCUCUCUCUCUCUCUCUAUCCCUCACUCUCACCCAGACACUCAGUUCAUAUGUGUCUCUUGUGUUUAACAGCAGACAUGUCUACAGGAGGAGUACACCGUGGCUUCCUCAGAAAAUAUGGUGGUUUCAAGCUGUUUAAGCAGUGGAAAGAGCGCUACCUGGUGCUGACAGUAGAAGGCAGUCUGAGGGUGUGUCGCGAUGCAGAGAGUCCUCCUGACCAGGUGGUGGCACUGCAGUGGAACUGUGAGGCCAUCGUAGAGGGCAGGGAGAUCCUGGACCUACCCCGGCUUCCCCCAGGGGGAAGGAGAGACUGCUGCUUCGCCCUCAUCCUGCCCCAGGAAAAGUUCCUGUUACUACUGGCUGACAGCCCAGAGGACUGCAGAAUGGGCGUCCAGCCAGGACGGAUGGUGCCGGCUCAGCGCUCCUGGUCUCCAGUAUACCUCCUUGGACCAGGAUAUCCUGCGCCGGCUCUGCGUACUGUGUCUCCGGUGCGUCUGCACAGCCCAGUGCGUCCUGUACUAGCUCUCCGCACUUGCAGGGCUCAAAUGAGCAUCCUGCCAGGACGCAUUGUGCCAGCUCUACGCUUCAGAUCUCAAGUGCGUUUCCACAGUCCACCCGGUACCACCAGUUCCGGCACCACGCAUCAGACCUCCAGUGCGCUUCCACAGUUCAGAACCUCCUACAACGGGCUACAAUCCAGCGAAGGUCCCCAGUCCGGGGUCUCCAGCGAAGGUCCCCAGUCCGGAGCCUCCAGCGAAGGUCCCCAUCUCUGGCUGAAGUUGAUCAGGAAAGUGAGAGAGGGUGUGAUGUCAACACUCGUCCUGCAGAGACAGCAGAGUCUGACCCCGAGCCUCACCGCCCACAUCACAGACAGAGACCCCCAACCUGACACUCCCACCGACAGGGACACUGCCUCGCCACGGGCGACAGUGAGCACCUCGACCCCCACCGCCACCCCGACUGGCACCCCGACCGCCACCCCCACCACCACGCCCUCAGCCUCCCGGGCCGGGUCCUUCAGAGACAACAGCCUGGGCAAGUCAGGACAUCAACAGAGAGACAACAGUCUGGGGGGUGGCCACAGACAGUCAGUGCGGUCCGUGCGUAGCGUGGCAUCAGUAGCUCCGCCCCACCGCACGUCAGACUGUCUUCGCCACGGUAACAGCAGCGACGCGCGGGCGGUGAGGGCGGUGUGUCUGCUGAUGGGAGGAGCAGCAGCCUCCUCCGCACUGGGCUACCUCCAGUCCUGCUCUCCCUCGUCCCCUCUGACCUCCAGAGCCUCCGGCCUGCAGGAUCUGGGCCCGUUGGGCCACGGUGGAGGGGCGGGGAGCUUCUCAGAGAUGGGAGGGGGGUCGGGUGGGUCCUUCCAUUGUAGCCAGGACGUAGACAACCCCCCACAAUUCAACAGCUUCGACUUCGAGGGAGGAGACUCCGACUUCGAUGCCUUUGAUUGCGGAGGGUUCGCUUUUUAAAGGGAAAUACUGUUGAUAAUAUAUGAUCUGUUUGAAUUACUGUUGUUUACUGUAUAGGAUCUAGAACAGCCUUAGAAAGGUCCUGUCUAUAGUUGUUUUUAAAUGUUAACCUGUACCAUUCGUGAAUUGUUUUAUCAAAUGUACUUCUUCCUGCGUGUUAGUUAAUGACGCCUACAGUCUUAAUGAUCCUAACUUGAACCCCUCCUUAACCAGGGCUGUCCCACACUGACCACCUCUUUUUCCUUCUAGAAUAGCUCUCUGUUAAGUGAUGUUUGGUCUGGUAAGGCCCCUAA